AUUUUUAAUGAUCAAUUUUUAAUGCACGAUCUUACAGAUUGAAAAAACGGCAAAUGUUAUCAAUAAAUUAAUCCGUCAAUGUGCGAUGAACAAGAAAGUCGAGAAAGAACUGCUUAACUUUAGAUGCGAGCUCGCAUUUCAAAAAGUCAAAUUCACGGCUUGGGGAGUCUUUUCACUAGAUCGUUCAUUUUUAGCUUCCAUAGUUGUUUCAAUUGUAACUUACCUCGUUCUUCUCAUCGAAUUUCGUCUUAGUACACGUUAAAAAAAAAAUUAUUCAUAUUAUAACAUCAAUAUGUUCAAAAAAAAAAAAAAUAAGUAACACUCAUUAUUUUCGAAAAUGAAACUUUUGAAUUUAUCAACAGCAAAAUAUUAGUAAAUUACUUUCAAGCCCUCUUAAUUAGAUAGCUAGUACGAUAUCGGCCUAUAUAAUUAAUUUAAUAUAAUUCCGCAGAAGCACACCUUGAAACAAUUAUUGUUUACUCAUGAGCUUAUUUUCAUCGUUUACUUGAAUAAUUAACGACUAUAACUUCAUUAACAAGGUUGAUUAUCACCACAGUUAAGCUGAAAAAUACAACCAGCAUUCACGCGACUAAGUGCAUAAAAAUUUUCUGAAUCGAUAUCAUUCAACUAGUCUUCGUCAGUCUUUGACCCAGUGCAGAUCGCGAGAAAGCUAAGCAAAAUAUUUUCUUAAAAAUGUAUCAGAGUGUAUACGGCUCAGUUCACCAGCGGAAUUUAAUCUACGUUAAGUAUAUCUUCUUCAAAAUACUGGGACUAGCACCCUGGAAAUUGAAUCUUGUUACGAAGCCGUCCAAAAAUCGAACCGCAAAAACUAUCAUUUGCAAAUUUUCGUACCUUGGAUUGUUGUACAAUGUUCUACUGACAACUUCUGUAUUUUUAAUGACUUCAUACUUUUGUCAUCAGCACAACUCUGUUCAAGCACAAGUCGAUUCGUUGGUGACUCCAUCAACUAUGAUGAACUUGCAAUACUUCGCUGUGAUAUUAUCGAGUUCAGUCUUCUUAAAUUAUACAUGUCGACAGAAAGACAUGAUCGGAAUCCUUAAUGAGAUUAUCAAAAUUGACAAAAAAUUGCAGAAGUAUGCAUUUAAUUCAGCGAAAAAUGGAAAUAUAAUAAUUAACUUGAUCUUCCUUGGACACUUGAUCAUUUGUAGCACUCUGAUUUGCCUUCAAUACUUUUUUCUCCAAUCAUUUUGGUUAGCCGUGCUGCGGUGCUGGCCCGCGUUUCUCUACUGCUGGUUGAUAGUUCAGUAUACAAUCAUGUUAGACAUGAUGGAAAAACGCUUCAAAUUUAUCAAUCUAAAUAUUGUUAAGCUAGGAGAGAUAAAAGUUAAUUCGGAAGGAUUGGAGCCAGUGUCCGCCACCAGAAUUUCGUUUCUGCGUGAGUCAGUGCUCUACGAUGUGGUUAAUAUAAAGGAUAAUUACAACAAAUUGUGUGAUAUUUGUAAUGACAUUUCUGAUUUCUAUGGACUACCUUUUUUGAAAGUAAUGAUGUACCACGGAACAUCUACGAUACUAAUUUUGUACUUUAUGUUGGUGGCUUAUUACGAAUCAAAAGAAUUCCAUUUGCUGCUAUUUAUCAAAGACGUCGGAUUCGUACUAUGGAUGGUCUUUCAGAUUAUUAUUUUAACGACAUUUGUUAAUAAAACAAUAGAUAAGAGUGAAGAAACGCCGAAUAUUAUCAACACACUGAUGAGUCGAUGCGUGAUGCAUGAAAAAGUUGAAAAAGAACUGAUCAACUUUCUGCGCGAGCUUUCAUUUCGAAAAGUUAAAUUCACCGCUUGGGGAAUUAUUUCAAUAGACCGUUCACUUUUAGCGACCAUUGCUGGUACAACCGCUACUUAUCUCAUAAUUCUUAUCCAAUUUCGUGCUAGCACACCCAAUUAAAAACUUUAUUUUUUCACAUAAAAUUCGAUUAAGAAUAAUAAUACCAUACCGUGUUUAUAUUAUUUAUAUUUAAACUAUUGUAGUUAAUAAUUAUUUUAAUGCAUUCAUACGAAAUUGAAAAGUUUUGCAAUAAAGUCACUCAAUCGAUAUCAGUAUCAGUAACAAUCUACAUCAUAAAAGUAAUAACUUCAUCCCUUUGUUGAAGGCUUAAAAACCUUUCUUCUCUGCUGGCAUAGAACAGAUAGUGUAACUAAUUAUCAGAUCCUAAACACAUUUAAGUUAAAACAAAAAAAAAUUAUAUGUAUUCACGCAAUCCAUUACGAGGCAUUACCCCGAUCAGUUACAUUACACUAGUCUUCUUCUGGCAUUUAUCCAGUACAGAGUGAUAGUUUUCAACAUAUCUGUUAUAAAAUUUAUAAAAAUGCGUCACAACUAUCUAAACUCAGUGCAUUUCCGAAAGUCAACUUUUAUUGAACAUUUUUACUUUAAAAUCGUGGGACUGUCACCUUGGUCAUUGAAUACUCCUAAAAACAUUUCAAAAAACCAAAACGGCGUAGUCAACUGCAAAUUUUCGUACCUCGGAUCGUUUUACAAUAUUUUUCUAGCUACUGGUAUGUUUUCAUUAAUUAUCAAUGAAGCGCUGAAAAAUGUUGAUCCAAUUAAUCAAGAAGUGACUAUGUUUCAAUUGAUCUACAUGGUGGCGGGAAUGGUAG